AACACCUUUCUUGUUGGGGAUGUGCUUUCUGUGGUCAUCAGAGCAGUCGUUCAUCACGUUUGUGUCUCUUAUUUCCCUUCUCGCAUCAGCUGGCAUCUUCCAGGCCAUGUGUCUCCUGAUCUGUGCUGAGAUGUACCAAGUGUCCAGGCUGCAGCACAUCUGUGAGCUGUUCAUCAUCACGCAGCUGCAGAGUACGCCCAGCCGGGAGCUCGCCUCCAUGAGCCUCGACAUCGUCGACCUACUCAAGAAAGCCAAGUUUCACCACUCUGAUUGCCUCUCCACCUGGCUACUUCAUUUCAUUGCCACUAACUACCUCAUCUUCAGUCAAAAGCCUGAAUUUCAGGACCUUUCAGUGGAAGAACGCAGUUUUGUUGAAAAGCACAGAUGGCCAUCAAAUAAGUACUUGAAACAGAUUGCAGAAUACAGGAAGUAUAUUCACUCCCGUAAGUGUCGUUGCUUAGUCAUGUAACCUGGAGUUUUUAUAUGGGUACAUUUCUUUUUUAUUUUUAUAACUGUGAAGAUUGGGAUGCCUCUGAAUUCCAGUAAAAUUCUUAUAACAGACUGUAUAUGGGUGAUUAAAAAUACAUCACCGUACAGCUUAAUAUAUUAGGU